CUGCACUACCGACCGAAGAUAUAUAUUUACGAGAACGAAAAGAAGCGUCAUGUGAGAGGAAAUCAGAAUGCAUAUAUGUACUAAAAGGAAUAUAUUAACUUAAAAUAUUUUAGUAUAUUAACAAAGUCAAUCAUGUAUGAUGUCACUGAGACAAUUGUAGCACAUGCUACAGAUCCAAAAGUUGCUUUUAUAGCCGCAACUCUCUUCGGUUAUUGUUUAUAUAAAUUAAUGGUUAUGACAAGUAGAAGAAGUCAUCAAUUUUCUGAAGAUUCUGGUGAAAUGGAUAAUCAUGUGGUAUACACAGACAAGUAUGAUAAUUUCAAGUUGAUUCUAGUAAUCAGAACAGAUUUGAAAAUGGGAAAGGGAAAAGUGGCAGCACAAUGUUCUCACGCUGCUGUCGCAGCAUACAAAGCUGCUAGAAAGCAUCCAAAUUUGAAAGCCUGGGAAGAAUCUGGCCAAGCUAAGAUCACUCUUAAGGUGGAUAAUGAAGCUGCUCUUGUGGAAAUUGCGAAGCAAGCUAAAGCUGUAGGUUUGUUAUCUAACAUUGUACAAGAUGCGGGACACACGCAAAUAGCAGCAGGAAGUAAAACGGUAUGCGGGGUCGGACCGGGUCCAGCAAAACUAAUUGAUCAAGUAACUGGACAUUUAAAAUUGUUUUGAACUAUUUUUACUUAUAAAAUCAUCAAAUAAAA